CCUCCCUCCCUGGCCGGGCCCCUGGACGCCGAGCCCCGGGAGAGCGGGAGGAGGGAGCUGCAGUCCUUUGUGGUGCAUUCCUGUGACUCCAACGCUCAGCCUCGCCCCCUCCUCCUAUUCCACCCUCCGUCUCCCGCCCCCCGCCCCGCGCCAGCUCAGUCUCCCCUGCCCCCAUUCCACGUGGACCCGCCAGGGCGGGGGUGGGGACGGAGGACAGGAAGAGGGGGAGCCUGCUCCGGGAAGAGGGGGGAAGAAGGUUGGCGGCGGCGACUCCCUCGCUCGCCCUCACUGCCGGCCGUCCCAGCUCCAGGCACCAUGUUCCGCGCGGUGUCCCCCAGCCACACCUUCCUCGGGCUCCCCCUGCUGCAGUUGCUGCUGCUGCUGGUGCAGGCCGUGGGGAGGGGGCUGGGCCGUGCCAGCCCGGCCGGGGGCCCUCUGGAAGAUGUAGUCAUCGAGAGGUACCACAUCCCCAGGACCUGUCCCCGGGAAGUGCAGAUGGGGGAUUUUGUGCGCUACCACUACAACGGCACUUUCGAGGAUGGCAAGAAGUUUGACUCGAGCUAUGACCGAAGCACCUUAGUGGCCAUCGUGGUGGGCGUGGGACGCCUCAUCACCGGCAUGGACCGGGGCCUCAUGGGCAUGUGUGUCAACGAGCGGCGACGGCUCAUCGUGCCCCCCCACCUGGGCUAUGGCAGCAUCGGUGUGGCGGGGCUCAUUCCCCCGGAUGCCACUCUCUACUUCGAUGUGGUCCUGCUGGAUGUGUGGAACAAGGCAGACACCGUGCAGGUGAGCACCUUGCUGCACCCAGCCCACUGCCCCCGCAUGGUCCAGGACAGCGACUUUGUCCGCUACCACUACAACGGCACACUGCUGGAUGGCACUGCCUUUGACACCAGCUACAGCAGGGGUGGAACUUAUGACACCUACGUCGGCUCCGGCUGGCUGAUCAAGGGCAUGGAUCAGGGGCUGCUGGGCAUGUGUCCUGGAGAGAGGAGGAAGAUCAUCAUCCCUCCAUUCCUGGCCUAUGGCGAGAAAGGCUAUGGGACUGUGAUCCCCCCGCAGGCCUCCCUGGUCUUCCACGUGCUGCUGAUUGACGUCCACAACCCCAAGGACACCGUCCAGCUGGAGACCCUGGAGCUACCUCCUGGCUGCGUCCGGAGAGCCGUGGCUGGAGACUUCAUGCGUUACCACUACAACGGCUCGCUGAUGGACGGCACCCUCUUUGAUUCCAGCUACUCCCGCAACCACACCUACAACACCUAUGUGGGGCAGGGUUACAUCAUCCCCGGGAUGGACCAGGGGCUGCAGGGUGCCUGCAUGGGGGAGCGCCGGAGGAUCACCAUCCCCCCCCACCUGGCCUACGGGGAGAACGGGACUGGAGACAAGAUCCCUGGCUCCGCUGUGCUGAUCUUCGACGUCCACGUCAUUGACUUCCACAACCCUGGGGAUCCGGUGGAAAUCAAGAUUCUGUCCCCGCCCCCAGAGACCUGCAAUGAGACGGCCAAACCCGGAGACUUUGUUCGCUACCACUACAACUGCUCCCUGCUGGAUGGCACCAAGCUCUUCUCCUCCCACGACUACGGCGACCCCCAGGAGGCUACUCUGGGGGCCAACAAGGUGAUCGAAGGCCUGGACACGGGCCUGCAGGGCAUGUGCGUGGGAGAGAGGCGGCAGCUCGUGGUGCCCCCGCACCUGGCCCACGGAGAGAGCGGAGCCCGGGGUGUCCCUGGUAGUGCGGUGCUCCUGUUUGCAGUGGAGCUGGUGUCCCGGGAAGAGGGGCUGCCCACAGGCUACCUGUUUGUGUGGCACGAGGACCCUCCUGCCGACCUGUUCGAAGGCCUGGACCUCAACAAGGAUGGCGAGGUCCCCCUGGAGGAGUUCUCCACCUUCAUCAAGGCUCAAGUCAGUGAAGGCAAGGGACGCCUCAUGCCUGGGCAGGACCCGGAGAAAACCAUAGCAGACAUGUUCCAGAACCAGGACCGCAACCAGGAUGGCAAGAUCACUGUGGAGGAGCUCAAGCUGAAGUCAGAUGAAGACCAAGAGCGGGUCCACGAGGAGCUCUGA